CUGGCGCGAGGGAUGGUGUCAGGCCCUACCCCCACCCCCCGCUGGGAGCGCCAGAGGUGACCUCGGCCUAGCGCUCCUGCUCCGGGCGGGGCCGGCGGCGGCGCCUCCAGGCCGUGGGCGCCAGUGGCCUGCUAGCGCCGGAAGGGCCGGGCCUGCGCGCUCCAGGGACUUGCGGGCCGACGGCGCGGGCGCGGGCCCGGCGGGAGGGGCUACGGCUGAUCUGUUUUUCGUUUCCUCUUACACCCGUUCUCAGUGUCAUCCUGAACACCGGAAGGUGCAGCGGCAGGGCUACGGACAGACCCACCCACUCUGCCCCUCUGUUGUGUGGCCACGAGGACGCCCAUUCCUCUCUGGACUCCACCCAUUAAAGCGGUUUCAGGCUCUUCGGCUCUAGAUGCAGAGCUUCUCAGGGUUGGCUGGAAGCCACAGCCCAGCUUCCUGAUGCAGUCUGAAUCCAGCCGGUGUGAAGAGGAAACUCCUUCCCUCUCGUGGGGUUUGGAUCCUGUGUUUCUAGCCUUCGCCAAACUCUACAUCAGGGAUAUCCUGGACUUGAAGGAGUCCCACCAGGUGCCAGGUGUAUUUUUUUACAGUGGGCAUCCAAUAAAACAGGUAGAUAUCUUGGGAACUGUAAUUGGAGUGAGAGAAAGAGAUGCUUUCUACAUUUGUGGAGAUACUGGUUCUCUUUUUCUCCAGGCAGUUCAACAAACAUUCACUAAGUUCCUACAGCAUACCCAGCUGCUGGCAAUGGAUGAUAGCACUGGAGUUAUAAACUGCAUCUGCUGGAAGAAAUUGAAUAAUACCAGAUCCUCAUCAGCUGCUCCGAGUGCAAGAGAGCUGAGCUUAACCUCACAGCUUAAGAAUCUGCAAGAGACCAUUGCGCAGAGGACAAAGGUAGAAAUUGGGGACAUUAUCCGGAUCAGAGGUCACAUCCGCAUGUACAGAGGAGAGCGAGAAAUUUACGCUACUGCUUAUUAUAAAGUGGAUGAUCCAGUGUGCAACAUUCAGAUCGCAAGGAUGCUUGAGCUGCCCACCAUCUACAGGAAAGUUUAUGACCAGCCCUUCCGCAGCCCAGCCCUAGAGAAAGAAGAGGCACUGAGCAGCAAUCCAGGCACCCUGGACCUUGACAGUCUCACGUAUCUGCUGAGUGAAAAAGUCAAAGAAUUCCUUGUGGAGAACAGAGUGCAAACCUUUUACCAGCAGGAGUUGGAAACGGUGGAGUCCCUGCUGUCCCUUGCCAACCAGCCUGUGAUUCACAGCGACUGCUCCGGGCGAAUGGAUUUUAAGAAUGACACCACUUCCAAGGCAAUUCAUAGUAUAUUUAGGAACGCUAUAAAGCUGCUGCAGGAAGAAGGACUUGUUUUCCAGAAAGAUGGUGGUUUUGAUAACCUGUUCUAUGUAACCAGAGAAGACAAAGAAUUACACAGAAAGAUCCACCAGAUCAUUCAAGAAGACUGCCAGAAACCAAACCACGUGGAGAAGGGCUGCCACUUCCUGCACAUCCUGGCCUGUGCUCGCCUGAGCCUCAGCCCAGUCCUGAGUGAAACUGUGCUGCGGCAGGUGCUGGAGCUCUUGGAGGACCAGAGUGACAUCGUCAGCACCACAGAGAACUACUACACUGCGUUCUGAGGAGAGGCCGGCAGGCAGCACGAGUGGAGCGGGGUGGGGGGGGAGGAGAAAACAGGUGGCGUUCACUCCCGGGCUCUGAUUUUAACAUGGUGCUGAGGCUUAUAGGCCUGGUGGCAAUUAUCUCAUAAUAAACUAUGAAAUAUGGUAAUUUGAAGAAUGGAACUUGGCAUGAAUUCUGGAGGCUGCCUUCUGCCUGCUGUAUCCUGGGAUAAAAGACUUAUCUCAGCCACGACAUACAAGAAAACCCUUCUCAUUGGCCUCCUGGCUGGACCAAGCAUCACUCACAGAGCAGAAGAGGAAGAAACAGUGUUGGUAGCUGAACUGGUUGGAGGCUCUGUUGUGGUAAAGGGGCAUCCCGUGGAAAAGGCGCUUGUACUGCGGGAGCUGAAGAGCAUACAGAUCACGAGUUCAGGCACUUUUUAAAACUUCAGACUAUCAGGUACUUUCUUGGUGUAUCUUGAUGGUUAAGAACCUGGUAUAGAGGACUCGUUCUCCCUGGAUGAGUGUCGCUGACCUACAAUUUCUGUGGGUCAAACACCAGUGAUGGGUCCAGAGUCUUGGGUUGAAUUCUGUCUACAGACCAACGCAUCGACGGGAAUAAACAGGAUCCAAGGCGUGGCUCUGUAUUUGUCGUUUUCCUUAUUGUCCUUCUGAAUCAAAAGGUGCUUCAGUACAUUUCCCUGUGCUUGAGGACACUGUGACUAAAUACAUCAUCCCUUAAUACCCUGAAGUUCUUGGCGGAGGCCGCUGACCAAUCACUUGGCAGUGGUAGAUGUUGUUUUCAAGGUUACCAUUGAACGUGCAGGACGUCCUGACACCAUCCAAACACUCAGUAUUUGCCCAGACAGGUGAUGGGUCAUGCUUUUGCUCGGAACGACAAGGUAAAGGGAAAAAAUCCGAGGUAUGUAAUAGGCUUGUUCUUACAGGACGAUGACAAAUCCAGCCAGCGAAAACAAAGUUCGGAGGAAGAUAUGGCGUUAAUUACAGUCACUUCACAAAAGGCACAUCUGCCUUUGGCUGCUGCAUUUGCACUUGAUGUAAUAAGCUUUUAAUGGCUCUGCUGGAGAGCCUGCAGGCCUGACGCGUUGUGCUGCUCUGUGUGGAAAUGGAGAGGCUUUACACUUAGAAACUGGCUGUAGCUCCACAUGUCAGACCAAAAGCUAGUACCGACAGCUUGCUUCCUGUCUUGGACUUUUCUGACUUGCCCUAAACCUCUGUGCCUGGUUCCUAACAGCGAUUACCCAGAAAGCUGCCCCGUGUUGAGAAGGGUCCCUGUAGAACAGAAUUUACCUGGAAUGACAUCCCAGUAGGUCUUCCUUAAGGUCGGCAGCUGAUCCAUAUUGAAUACAUCUCAGAUGACUGGAGCUGCCGGGAAGGAGUCUUGCAUCAGAACAUAAAAAGGGCACAUACUUGCCCACAGCUGCCCCACUUCUAGGGUUUAUCCCAAGGAGAUGAUCACAUAGAUGGGAGAGGAUGAAUGCACAUGAUGCCCAUUGCUGUGUAAUUUAAGAUUCCGUAAUUGGGAAAAAUAUGUGUCUAUAGAGGAAAAUUAAUUAUGGUAAUGUACACUAUGAAAUACUAUGCAGCCAUUAAUUUAACGGAGCAGACAGAUAUUUUCACCAUGGAGCAGUAUUCCCAGUAGAUUUAGUGGGAAGAAAAUUGAGAUCUGUUUAUAUAAUACCACUGAUCUGAAACUACCUGUGUGUGUAUGUAUAUAUCUAAACAGAGAGCGUGUUUCUGCAUAUCCAUCUGUAUAAAUGUAGUGUGUAUACACGUACAUACAGUUGACCACUCCACUCCUAGGGUUUGGUCCCAGGCCUCUUUUCUGUUUAGCUUGCUCCCAUGGGGAUCUCAGCCAGUCUCAGAUCAUCUGUACACUGCCAAACUCCCCAGUUUACAUCCAGUUCGGACCUCCUCGAACUUCUGAGCUAC